AUGGAAAAUCAGUAUACAUAUGUUGUGGUAUUAAUUAUAAUUAUUUUUACUGGAAUAAUUGGAAAUAUUUGCAGUUUUUUGGUAUAUACCAGAUAUGCUACAUCUAUAAAUAUUUUGUUAACAGCACUUUCUGUUAUUGAUAUUUGUUUAUUAAUUUUAGCAACACCUGUUUUUGUGCUCCCAUUUAUGCACAAAAUUUUCAUAGAAGAUACUUUUCAGGCAUAUGUUUUACAAUAUAUUUAUCCUUUAAAUUGUAUCUCACAAACAUGUAGUGUUUAUGUUAUGGUAUUUAUUACAAUUGAAAGAUGGACAGCAAUUGCAAAACCUUUACAUGUUCGUUUUUGGUGUACAACAAAAUCAGCAAAAAUGAUUCUUACUGGUGUUAUAAUAUCUGCAUCAAUUUAUAAUAUUCCAAGAUUUUUUGAAUAUGAAAUUAUAAAAGAUGAAGAAGACCAUACAACAUUUAAAAGAAUAUUACGUGAUACUGUCUUAUAUCCAAAUUAUAUGGUUUAUUAUUAUACAUUAUUAUAUCUAUUAACUCAUUUUUGUAUACCAUUUGCAGCUAUCAUAUUUUUUAAUAUGCAUGUUAUCUUUUUAAUAUUAAAACAAAAAAAGGAAAGAUUAAAUCUUACCUCACAACAAAGAAAAGAAAUUAAAACAACUGUUAUGCUUAUAAUUGUUACCGUUAUGUUUGCAAUUUGUAAUGUUCUAACAUUUAUAAUGAAUUUAUGGGAAAAUAUUAAUCCAACACUUUUUAGUGACCCAAAAACACUUUCAAUGGCUUAUAUGUUUAAUGAUUUGGCAAAUUUUCUUGUUAUCCUCAACUCAGCAUCCACAUUUAUAAUAUAUUUUCUUUUUUCAGAAAAAUAUCGUACCCUCCUUUUUGAUAUCUUUCGUUAUGGAUGUACAAAAACAAAAAGAGAAAAUUAUUAUAAUAAUACAUUUAGUAGAAGUUUAUCAAUAAGAAAUCCAUCUUCAUUUUAUAACAAGACAUCCUACAUAAAAUCAUCCUCACCAUUGAUAUCCGCAAAUAAUAAUUCUAAAAAAAUUAAUAACAGUAUAAAUCAAACCAAUUUAUCAGUCAAUUCACAAGAAAAUCCUUCAAAAUGUGUAUUAUCAAGUGAUCAAAAAAAUUCAACAUCAUUAUAUGAUAAUCAAAAUGAAAUAUGUAAUGAAAAAAAAUUAUCUACCAAUGAGGUAAAUCAACAAAUGUACAGGAAAUUAUCUAAGUGUGCCAAAUAA